AUAUUAAAAAUCUAGCGGAAUGUUACGGUAAUGCGGCAUCUAAAUUCGAAUAUGCUCUAAAUCAAUUACUUCAGAAUUAAGAUUAAUGUUAUUGUUGUCUAAUUUUCUUGUCUGUUAUAAAGGCAUUUUAAAAUGCCCGAUGCCCGCCAAAAUCGAAGAAAUGGAUGGAGUUGGCCUCUUCAUCCAUUACAGUUCGUUGCAUGGAUAUCUGUCGUUUAUUUAUGCUUAGUUUACUACUUGACUAUUAUUCCUGGAGUCCUGGAAAGGUGGUCUCCAGCAGCAUAUGCAGUAUUCUCAGUUUUCUUAGUGGGACAUAUCAUUUCUCAUAUUGCCGCUUGUACAAUAAAUCCAGCUGAUCCGGCAAUAUUAAAGAGGAAUAUAACUGAAGUACCGGGUAGCUUUGAUAGGCAGAUUCAUAAUCACGUAAUAGAAAAUUGCUACUGUUAUUUAUGCGAAACAAAAGUAAUAACCCAUAUCCUUACCCCUGCAGCAGAUGGCGUUUCGCAGAAUAUAACUAAUGGAAGUAACCCAGAAUAUGAUUUUAAAAUAUUUUAUGCGAAAGUACCGGGUCCUGCUUGGUUAUCAGUUAUCGCCAUAACGGCUUGUUUAACAAUAGCUGGAAUAGCAUCUAUCAGUCAUCUUUUCAUCUUUCAUGUCUUCCUAUACUGUAAAGGUUUAUCUACGUAUGAGUAUAUUGUACAAGAAAGGAAAAAAUCUGAGGAAAAGGCUAGAGAGAAGAACGUUGAGAUUAACGCUUCCGAGUUAGAAAUGAAUAAACGACCAAAAAAUAAGGUUGUUCCGGAGACAAGUAUUGAUGAAACAACUUGUGAUGGAACGGCGCGAAUAUCUAAGAAAUAUAGAACAGGGAAUAGACCAAAGUUAAAAACGGAUGCGAGUAUUUUUAGGGAACAAAAACAAAUAGAAGAAGAUGAGAAGGGUAUGGACGAUAAUUUUGAUAUCAUUGAUAAAAAGACCAAUGACAAGGUCGAGGAAACUGAAAUAGUUAAUGAGAUUAAUGAUGAUUGUAAAGUGCUUGUCAAGGGAAAGAAAAAGCGGAAGAGGAAGAAGAAAAAGGUUCCUGAUAUAGUAGCUUCAAAUUUACCUGCCUUACAAAGUGAACGUGAAGGGGAAGUUACCCUUCAGCCACCAAGGACGAUUCUUAAUCCAGGCGGAGAUAAUAGAUCUGACUCAGGUGUGUCGACAGUCUACUCGCCGAAAGGAUAUGAAAAGGUACCUCCGCUAAAUCUUUCACCGUCUCCAAGACCACCAAAAGCUAUAAGAACAGAAGAUUAUCAUUCCGGUAGUGCUGAAAGUUUAAGAGAGAUUAAACCAAAACCUCAAAAUCCACUAUUAGCGAGAGCACUUGAUGGGACAAUAGCCAGUAUAGACUCAUUCGAAGGUGAAUACAUAAGAUCAGCUAGGAAAUCUUCCAUUAGUGCCAACAACGAAUUAAUGGACAGCCAAUAUUUAAGAAAUGCUGCAAAAGAAAAUCAUAGUAUUCCCCAUUUGGAUCUCUCGACAUUAGAUAGUGAUGAAGAAAGGAGAAGAAGACGUUCCACCCAAAAGUAA